AUGCCCGAGUCUGGCUGGCUUCAAUGGACCAUCAUCCUCGUCUUGACCGCCCUUCUUCUCUCUGUCGUCGUCCUCGCCCAGAUUGUCGCCACCUACUGGACGGCCUAUGUAGUUGCGCCGCAGGAGAUUGUCACCUUUAUUGACACUGUCGACUUCUCCAUCCAAGAAAACGAGAGUUAUGACCGAGACGUCGCCAAGGUUCAGCGCCUCGAGGACAAGAUUCGUCUUGGCCAGCUGCUCCGGGAGAUACAGAAGGGGGGAGAUGACUUGCGCGAGCAGCUCAACAGCUUGGUGGUUUCGGAUGGAGCGACGACUCUAAAAACGAGUGCGAGGUUGCUUUGGGGUGCUAAGCGGCCUCAACUUGAGGACAGAGUGCGGAGACUCGAUCUGUUGAGAAUGCGCUUCCUCGUCGUCUACAUGGGCAUCAUGACAUCUGUGGUCGACAGGAAUCCUCCACCGCCGCCUCCGCUACCCAGAGAUCCAGAAAAGAUUGCGGCCUUCUCGACCCCCACGAAGCCAUCGCUUAGGAAAUCACUCACUGAGAGCGUGGUGAAGCGCCCACCAUUGAGGCGGCUGACCACCCAGGCUAUCGGCCACCAAGAGAACGUCAUUACACCCCAUAGAAAGGGAUGGGCGGGUGUUGUUGAAGAGCUUCAGACAUCGCCACGAAUGCAGCAACGUCAUGCCUCGAUAGAGCUCGCCAUGUCACAAACAACACCGUAG